CGGCGGCGCUUCCGGUCCCGCUGCCCUCAGCGAAGAUGGCGGCAGUGGAGAAGCGGCGGCCGGCCGUGGCUCCGGCGGCCAGUUUCCCCGACAGCGGCCGGCCGGCGGUGUCCCGGGCAGCGGCAGCGACGGAGAGUGAGGAGGACUUCCUGCGGCAGGUCGGCGUGACGGAGAUGCUGCGCGCGGCUCUGCUGAAGGUGCUGGAGGCGCGGCCCGAGGAGCCGAUCGCCUUCCUGGCGCACUACUUCGAGAACAUGGGCCUGCGCUCGCCUGCAAACGGCGGCGCCGGGGAGCCCCCGGGCCAGCUCCUGUUGCAGCAGCAGCGCCUGGGCCGCGCGCUGUGGCACCUUCGCCUGGCUCACCACUCCCAGAGGACGGCCUUCAACAACAACGUCGGCGUGGCCUACGAGUGCCUGAGUGCCAGUGGGCGCAAGAAGAAGCCGGGGCUGGACGGGCGCACCUACAGCGAGCUGCUCAAGCGCAUCUGCCGGGACGGGGAAGCCCCCGAGGAGGUCGUCGCACCGCUGCUGCACAAGAUCCAGUGCCGGGACCAUGAGGCCGUGCCGCUGGACGUCUUCCGCGCCGGGAUGCUCACCUGCUUCGUGCUACUGGAGUUUGUGGCGCGGGCCGGUGCCCUCUACCAGCUGCUGGAGGACCCCACGCUGGCUGUGGCCGACCGCCGCGUGGGCCAGGCCGUGCUGGACACCCUGGAGGGGGCCCUGCAGGCCAGCGACGGGGCUGCUGUGCCUGCCUGCUUCCUGGAGGCUGGCUCGCGCCUGGGCCCCGACAGCCUGGCGCUGGCCAUGGACCGCGCCCUGGUGGCUCGGCGGCCCAGCUCCCCCAUGACCCGGGAGGAGUUCCUGGAGAAGGCUGCCGCCCUCUUCAUAGCCAAGGUCAAGCCGGUGGGCUGAGCGCCCACACGCCUUCCCUGCCUCCUCCCCCUGGGCGGCUGGAGGCACCACGAGGUGGUGGCCACCUGCUCCCUGGCGGAGUGCAGGUCUGAGGCCGGAACUGGAGUGUCCCUGCAUGCAGCGGGGAGUGCGGGGAGCCCUCCCCACGCCCGCCUUCCAAGCUGGAAUCGUGUCCCAGCCCCUUCGGAGGGGAGGCCGAGGGUCCCAGGGAGUGGGCACCCGUCCCCCCACCCCCACAAAGGCCCCUCUCCUCGACAGUAAUAAAGUCUGUGCUCGAGGCCGA